CCCCAAAAUAGGCUCAAGCACCAUGUGAUAGCAAUUCCAAUCAGCACCCGGGCAGAUGGAAGUUACAUCUCCAGCCUUAUUUCCUCAAGUUAUUCACGAAGGACCGCAAGGGACUUAUCGUCGAGUCCUAAACAAUUGUAUUUUAACGUCUCGGCUUUUGGAAGGGAAUUCCAUCUGAGGCUGAGACCUAACACCCGUCUAAUAGCUCCUGGGGCAGUGGUGGAGUGGUAUAAAGAUUCUGUGGAAGCCAAAAAUGGAACUAGCGGUCGGACUGAAACCAUCAUGGACACGGUGUGGAAAAAGGAAUCUCUGUGGACCAACUGUGCCUAUGUUGGAGAUCUUGUGGAUAUUCCAGGAGCUUCGGUCGCUGUUAGCAACUGCGAUGGUCUGGCUGGAAUGAUCAAAGCGGGUGAAGAUGAAUUCUUCAUUGAACCGCUGGAGAAAGGCAAACAAAUGGAUGAAGAAAGAGGGAGGCCCCAUAUGGUCUAUCGGAGGUCUGCAGUUGCACAAAGUCCAACGGACGCCGUUCCCGACUUCCACAGCGAAGAAUCUGACUUCCGAGGCCCGCACAGUCUUGAUUCCACUUAUACAAGCAUCGAACAACAACUGAACGAGACGCUGAGGCAGCGCAGGCAUGCCGGUGAGGAUGAUUACAAUAUUGAGGUGCUUCUUGGUGUGGACGACUCUGUGGUCCGAUUCCAUGGCAAAGAACACGUGCAGAACUACCUCCUCACCCUGAUGAAUAUAGUGAAUGAAAUUUACCAUGAUGAAUCCCUAGGGGUCCACAUCAAUGUUGUGUUGGUUCGUAUGAUGAUGUUGGGCUAUGCCAAGUCAAUCAGCCUAAUCGAAAGAGGAAAUCCGUCAAGGAGCCUGGAGAACGUGUGUCGUUGGGCUUACCAGCAACAGAAAGCCGAUCCCAGUCAUUCGGAGCACCACGAUCAUGCCAUAUUUCUUACUAGACAAGAUUUUGGGCCGGCGGGAAUGCAAGGAUAUGCUCCAGUAACAGGCAUGUGUCACCCCGUCCGGAGCUGUACUCUUAACCAUGAAGAUGGAUUUUCUUCAGCUUUUGUGGUUGCCCACGAAACUGGCCACGUCUCAUACGACUGUCUUCUUGAUGACCCCUUUGAGCACGACUGGCCUAGACUUCCCGAACUGCCAGGGAUCAAUUAUUCCAUGGACGAGCAGUGCCGCUUUGAUUUUGGAGUUGGCUACAAAAUGUGCACGGCGUUUCGGACUUUUGACCCCUGUAAACAAUUGUGGUGCAGUCAUCCAGACAACCCCUACUUUUGCAAGACAAAGAAGGGGCCUCCGCUUGACGGGACAGAGUGUGCUCCCGGUAAAUGGUGCUACAAAGGUCACUGCAUGUGGAAGAACACCAACCAGCUGAAACAAGAUGGCAACUGGGGAGCGUGGACAAAAUUCGGCUCCUGCUCCCGAACGUGUGGGACGGGUGUGCGCUUCAGGACCAGACAGUGCAACAAUCCCAUGCCAGUUAAUGGAGGCCAAGAUUGUCCUGGCGUCAAUUUCGAAUACCAGCUCUGCAACAUGGAAGAGUGUCCAAAACUUUACGAGGACUUCCGAGCCCAGCAGUGUCAACAGCGCAACUCGCAUUUUGAGUAUCAAAACAGCAAGCACCACUGGCUGCCGUACGAACAUCCAGAUGCCACCAAAAGGUGCCAGCUGUACUGCCAGUCCAGAGAGACAGGAGAUGUUGCUUACAUGAAGCAGCUGGCCCACGAUGGAACCCGCUGUUCAUACAAAGACCCAUUCAGCAUCUGUGUGCGGGGAGAGUGUGUGAAAGUCGGCUGUGACAAGGAGAUUGGAUCUAACAAAGCGGAAGACAAGUGUGGCGUAUGCGGGGGAGAUAACUCUCAUUGUCGGACAGUAAAAGGGACCUUCACCCGAACCCCCAAGAAGCCUGGCUACCUUAAGAUGUUUGACAUCCCACCGGGUGCUAGACAUGUGGCUGUCCAAGAAGACGAGGCUUCCCCUCACAUUCUUGCCAUUAAGAACCAGGCAACGGGGCAUUAUAUUCUCAACGGCAAAGGAGAAGGUUCCAGCUCUCGUUCAUUCAUUGAUCUUGGCAUAGAAUGGGAGUAUCACAUCGAAGAUGACAUAGAAACCCUUCAGACUGAUGGCCCAUUGCAUGAUGCCAUUGUUGUGUUGUAUCACAUUGAAGAUGACAUAGAAACCCUUCAGACUGAUGGCCCAUUGCAUGAUGCCAUUGUUGUGUUGGUCAUUCCCCAGGACAACGAUACACAAUCCAGCCUCACUUACAAAUACAUCAUCCACGAAGACUCUGUGCCCAACGUCAACAGCAACAACGUCCUUCAAGAAGAACUGGACACCUUCGAGUGGGCCUUGAAGAGUUGGUCUCAAUGUUCCAAGCCUUGUGGAGGAGGGUUCCAAUACACCAAGUACGGAUGCCGCAGGAAGAGUGAUAACAAGAUGGUCCACCGGGGCUUCUGUGAGGCCAGCAAAAAGCCGAAGCCUAUUCGCCGGAUGUGCAAUCUCCAAGAGUGUACACAGCCCUUCUGGGUAGCAGAAGAAUGGGAGCAUUGCACUAAAACCUGUGGGAUGUCCGGUUAUCAGAUCAGGAUGGUGCGUUGCAUUCAGCCGCUCCACGAUGGUGCAAACCGCUCCGUUCAUUUCAAGUACUGCAGUGGUGAUCGGCCUGAGAGUCGCAGGUCUUGUAACAGAACACCGUGUCCUGCGCAGUGGAAGACCUGGCCGUGGAGUCCAGGGCCUGUCCGGCGCUGGCUGCUUCUCCUCCUGCCUAGGCAGGUGUCCGGGGACAAGGGCGUGGCGCACCCUGCGAUCUGCGCCUAG